AUGGGGGCUGCCAUUUUGAAAAGCUGCUUUAGUGGUGAGUCCAUUGAGACCCCACGCCGCUUUUACCAAUUUCAGCAGUCUUCUACUUCAGACUCAUGUCCCCAAUACGACGAAUCAUAUUUUCGCUUGUCAUCCACAACUAUGCCUCCAUCUGAUACAGCUAAUCUGAAUCUAUGCUGCGUGAACCACCUUUACGCCACAAGUGUCGAAUCGCUUGACAAGCUACUCGUCCAGAAGUACUCGAAUUUCUACACACUAGAUUUACCACCGUCAGUUUUACAUCUGCAGCAGCAUAAUCAGGACGUAGGUAAGCUCAAAAAGAGUUCAACCAGGUCUGUGUCGUCUGAAACUACGACGUUGUCCGAGAGCUCAGUCGUGGCCAAAUCACCUUCGCACGAGGCUAGCCCUUUGCACGGAUUUCACUCGAUCACUGACAAGUCGGAUGCAGGAUUUAGCUCGCUCUUACCGCCUAUUUACAAACUUAUCUGCGUGGCCGGUAAAGGUACGACGUCUACCUGCUACAAAAUUGUGCGCAGGACCGACGGUCUUCAUUUUGCCUGCAAGAUUAUCGACAAGAAUAAAUUAGCCCCGCAUGCUCGACGGAGAAAAAAAGUUUUCGCUCAAUUGCGUCUUGAGGUAGAUGUGCUUCGACGCAUUGACCAUCCGCACAUCGCGAAGCUCGAAGAAUCGUUUGAAGACAGCAAUUAUCUCGUUCUGAUUAUGGAGCUCAUGGAAGGGGGUGAGCUAUUUGACGCCAUUGUAGAAAAAGGCCGUUUCUCAGAGUGCGACACCAUUCACGUGGCCCGCAGUGUUCUUUCCGCUAUUCAACACAUGCACGAGCGUGGCGUCAUGCACCGUGACCUUAAACCUGAAAACAUGUUGCUCCAUAGCAGACAUUCCGCGACCAGCGCAAUUGACGUAAAGAUCAUUGACUUUGGCUUUGCCGGAAUUAUAGAACAAGGCGCCACAUCGACGUCAUUUUUGGGCACGGAAGGCUAUUUAGCUCCUGAGAUUUUGCUUAGGCAAGCAUAUGGUACUUCUGUGGAUAUGUGGUCGUUUGGCGUACUGACCUACUUGCUGCUAUGUGGUCGGCUGCCGUUUGCGGCUUCCACGAAGCUUCGACCGAACCAGACAAUUCAGGCGUUUUACAAACUCACAUUUCCAAAGAAAUACUGGCAUGGGGUGAGUCCCGUCGCUAUCGACUUUCUGGAACGUGUGAUGGUAAUCAAUCCUUCCACGCGGCUUACUGCCAUGGAAGCAUUAAAUCAUGAUUGGCUUCGAAAUUAA